AUUUAAUUGAUCGGAAAUCUAUGUGCUGAAUCUAGUAGAUUGAACAUAUUUCUUCAUCUUACUUUAAAGUACCUAUCUUUAUUCGGAGUGCUAAUUGCAUAUACCUAGAACCCCAGGUUUUUGAGAAGCUUAAUGAGAGCUGUAACAGUUUGCAGUUGUUUAUUUCUUAAUGGGUGUAGUAUGUUUUUGGCUUGUAGGUUCACUAUGUUGCUAAAUGGAAAGGCAUCACUUUUAUGACUAGCAGACAAGGGAUGGGCGUUGGCGGUGGAACGCCUUAUGGAUUUGAUGUUGGUCAAUCUGAAAGGGGAACAGUCCUGAAGGGAUUGGAUCUAGGUGUUCAAGGCAUGCGUGUAGGAGGCCAGCGUCUGCUAAUAGUUCCUCCUGAACUGGCUUAUGGAAGUAAGGGAGUCCAGGAAAUUCCUCCGAAUGCCACAAUAGAGUUGGAUGUUGAACUAUUGGCCAUCAAGGAAAGCCCAUUUGGGUCUCCUGUUAAGGUUGUUGAAGGUUAAAGCAAGUGGGCAAUCCUAAUGCUAGUCUCGUUGGCUCACUGAAGUGAAUGAAAUAAAGCAUUGGAGCUGAACAACUUGGGGUGAAAAUAGACCACCAUUAUUGUUUUCCAACGGACGUAAAGAUGCUUCUUUUAUUGGACUUGAAACAUAGAACUUAACCGACAUAAAUAGAUUGUAAUUCCGAAUCAUUAGAACAACCAGAAACCGUCUGUGUCUUCAGAUUCUUCGCAAGCUCACAUAGCCUGAACAAUUGGAAUUAGUAAAAGAAAUCAAAAUGA